CGUCAGCCGUUGCAAUUUCUCCUCCACAGGCAUCGCACGAUCAACGCGACUACGAGCUAACAACGACGAGUGCGAUUACCAGUGUGGAAAGAAACUCCCAACGGAACGGAACUGGGUCAGUUCCAGAAGGAUUAUAACGUGCUUAGAAGUGAUCUGACGAGAAAUUGGUAGGAAUUCAAAUUCAAACAUGGCUAUCAAAAGCGUAUCGAUGUUGUUCCUGGCUUUCUUGACAAUCGCCUUGGCCGACGAUACCAACAAGAUCGAUGUCGACAGUCUCCGGCAGCAUUUGCCAGCCAAUCUACAAAACCUUACCGUGCCAACCUUGGAUGAAAUCGAAAGCGCUGUCAAGGACAAAUGCAUCAAGGCCGGCGGAUCGGAGGAAUCGUACGAGCAGGCCAAACAGGGCGCCCAGGAUCUGUUCAACUGUGUUCAAGGGCUGGUCGAUAUCGACCAGUUCAAGAAAGAGGUGGAGGAAGCCAAACCCACCGGAGACUUGGACACGGUGUUCAACAAGUACUGCCGAAAGCGCAACACGCUGCUCGAGUGUAUCAACACAUUCUCGAACUCCAUUGACGCUUGUUUGGACGAUGAUGAGAAGCGCCACAAAGGGCACGGAUUGGAUGUCUUUAAAAAUUUGUUGAACUUCGUGUGCCACAAGGAUGGAGAUCAGAUUGCAUUAUUCAUUGCCGAGAAGGGACCUGAGUGUUUCCUGGAACAGAAGGACGAUUUGAUUCGAUGCGUCAAUAAUACGUUUUCUGGAUAUUUGAAGGAUGUCGAUACUUCCAGCCGCACCAUACCCAAAUUUGUCAUUGGACCAAAACAGUGCGAAGAUUUCACCCGGCUUCAAAACUGCUUGGUGCAAGAACUGGAACAAUGUGAAGAAUCUACCCCGGCCAACCUGGUUGAAUCGCUGUUCAGAUUUGUCCGAAAAGGUUCACCAUGUGACCCAAAGAACAAACAAGGAUGAUAGACUGAUAUGGGUGACGCAAAUUGACAACAAUAGCAGCCAAAACUAUUACAGGGAUCUGUUUCGUUAGCUGUAAUUCCAGAAUUUGGUAAUCAUUGUACAAUACAUGUCAACUUUCUCA